GUAAGCUUAAGCUUCAGCACUGAGCGCUCCUCCUUCCUCUUCCGGUUUUGGCGACUACAGUCAUCAUGGUGCAGCGCCUCACUUACCGCCGUAGGUUGUCCUACAACACCGCUUCUAACAAAACCAGACUGUCUCGCACUCCCGGCAACCGGAUCGUGUAUCUGUACACCAAGAAGGUCGGAAAAGCCCCCAAGUCUUCGUGUGGUAUCUCGCCAGGAAGACUGAGAGGAAUCCGCGCCGUCAGACCCCAGGUUCUGAAGAGGCUGUCAAAGACCAAGAAGCACGUGAGCCGGGCUUAUGGCGGUUCCAUGUGCGCCCAGUCUGUGCGUGACAGGAUCAAGCGUGCUUUCCUGAUCGAGGAGCAGAAGAUCGUCAUCAAGGUUCUGAAGGCUCAAGCUCAGAGUCAGAAGUCCAAGUAAUGUUUGUAUUGAGAAAUAAAAACUAAAGUUCA